AUGGAGGCGAAAAAUAUUAAACUGCUUGCAGGCAUAAAAUGCUCUAUUUUAGAAAGUGCAUUAAAUACUGCAUUUCUUGUUCAUUCUGCUAUAGGUCACCUUUGGCUGUUCAGGGACGCGGGGACAAAUGAUGGGCUUCUUGUCAAUCAGAAGGAGCUGUUUAUCGCUGCUCCCAAUGUGAAUAAAGCAGACAUCACACUGCCAGUGUUCACCCUGAAAGAGAGAUGCCUCCAGGUUGUUCGCAGUCUGGUCAAACCAAUGGACUACAGGAAACUGGACAUUGUUCGAUCAUUAUAUGACGAGCUGGAAGAUCAUCCUGAUAUUAGGAAGGAUCUUCUGCGGCUUUCUCUGGAGAGAAGUGAAACGUUAAGGAAUGGAGUUUCAGAAUAAAAUGAAUGUUGUUCAUUCCAGACUCUUUAAAUGGCAAACCACUGAGUUUGAGCAGGAGUGACCACCCUGAAACAGGUCAAGAGCUGAUGUCUGUAUUUCGUGUUCUGAAACUCAGUUAUUUAAGGUAUACAAAACUUGUUAUGAUGGUGAGUCAGAUCCAAAAGACUAAACCCCAUGUAAACAUACGCCAAGGUCAUGAUGGUUCAGUUCUGCUCUUAGUUAUGCGUAUUGCAAACCUGUGACUCUAGAGGCCUUGCAUGGAUGAAACUUGGAGAAGAAUUUUAACUCGGUCUAUUUCAGAACACGCCUUAGUGAUUUAAGAUCAGGUCAUCUAUUUAGAGAAUAUGCAUGCAGAUCAACUUCCUCUGUUUUAGAAAGUAAAUUACACCAAUGACUAAUUUAAUCCAGACUCUAAUGAUUAGAAGUGGCAGAAUAACAGAAGUGUUGGUCAAAUAGCUUGAUUUUGGUGGAAUUUCACUUUCCCACACUUAGGCUAAAUUUGCCUGUGUUCAGAAAGUGUGAGGGGAUGUUUGUUUAUGUAUGUGAGAGCUUGCACCACCUUCUUCUGAGGGCCUCACCUGAAACUUUAAGUUGGUGGAAAGAUGGAGUGUGUAAAAGCUUGGGGUUUUCUGCCUCUUCCCUUUGCAUUUAUAAAACCCAUGUCCUAUUGACACUUUGAGGUUGACAAAUUUUUACAUAGAUCAUACUUUUAAUGCCUUGUUUGUCCUUCAUUAUUGGAUUCGUCACUGGUUUAUCUCAGGGUGAUUCAACCUGGUCAGCCACAUUGGCUGUAUCCUGGUUUUGGGGCACCUUUCUCCUCUGCACCUCCAUGCCUGCUCCUCCAGCUUCCCAUGCAGCUGUAUCAAGGAGCAUUCACAGAAGGUAGAUGCUUUGAGCCCUAGCCCCAUAGCAAUGCGGUAGCCGUAGUUCAAGUCCUAAGGGAGAGGCUUUUUUAGGGAGCAUGAGACACUUAAGUUGCUAGUGUCUCCUAAGGAACAGACAGGAGGCUGUAGCAGCUCAUCCGAGCCUAUUGCUAGAUCCAGCUCACAAAUCGAUCUACACUUUAUUUCAGGCUGGAUGAGCCCCAAAGAAAAAGUUUCUUUGACUAUAGCCUAUUCCCCACAUUCCUCAACCAGAACGUGUAUUUGUGUGAAUCUACACAGGUAAUUCAAAGCAGCAUUGUUUUUAGCCGAUAUAUGAAUUGUCUACCGAGCAAAAGAUGUAGUGCUGUGCCAUGAUAGAAGCAGACUGAUACAAGAUUAUAGCAGAUUAUUGCUAGCAUACGUUUCUUUCCAGUUACACUUAAACAUUCUAAGAAAACAGCUGUGAAACUAAGUGACUGACAAGAUCAACCUAUUCUGUUAAGUAUGAAUUGUUUUCACUUUUUGUACACUUGUUUUUCUUAACAUGAAAUAUAUGAACUGAUCUUUGUUGUUUGUCAUAAAAUGUAAAUCCGCGCUAA